AUGUCUUCAUCCUCCGAUACCUACAAUACCUCUUCGACCGGUGAUGAUCAUCAAUCAGGAAAUGAUCAAAGUACCAAUACUGACACACGCAGCACCAACACCAGCAAUAAUGCCCCUGACUUCAUGUCGAUGUUGAGUAAUCAUACUUCUUCCGCAGAAGAAUUCGAAUGGCACAGACCCGAUAACGGCGUACAGGGUGCUUGGAAUUAA